GAAACGCGGUGCCCAUUUCUAGUAUUUGCGGCUCAGGAGCUUUGCCUGCUGCUCCGUUCCGCUCCGCUCGCGCUCUCUGUGAUGUCAUUCAAACGCGCCCGAGCUUUGAUGAUGUAUAACGACAGAGUUUGCUGCUGAGUCCUGGGAGUCCCGAAGCAGACAGCGAUGACUUCAAUACAUGGAGCAUUAAAAACCCACUUCGGGUUUGACAGGUUCCGAUCUCAGCAGCAGGAGGACGCCGUUAAAGCGAUUGUGAAAGGUGACCAGGAUGUGUUUGUGUGCAUGCCCACGGGUGCAGGGAAGUCUCUGUGCUACCAGCUACCUGCCUUACUGGCUUCUGGCAUCACCCUGGUCAUAUCACCACUUAUUGCCCUUAUUCAGGACCAGGUGGAGCAGCUGCGGUCCCGGAACAUUCCAGCCUGCUCAAUUAACUCCAAGCUGCCACCCCGCGAGCGUGGCCUCAUCCUGGCAGACCUCCAGUGCGAGAGCCCCCGACUAAAGCUGCUGUAUGUAACUCCAGAGAUGCUGAGCUCAGCCUCCUUCCAGCCAUGCCUGUCAGGACUGAGCUCUCGUGGCCUAGUGUCCUAUCUGGCAGUCGAUGAGGCACACUGUGUGUCACAGUGGGGCCAUGACUUCCGGCCAGACUACCUGAAACUGGGUGAACUGCGAGGGCUUCUGUCUGGAGUGCCCUGCCUGGCGCUUACUGCAACGGCACCUGCCAGGGUGCGGGAGGACAUCUGCCGCGCACUGCGUCUCCGCUCCCCGCUUUCUUUUUCCACUCCUGUCUUCCGCAGCAACCUGCACUAUGACAUCAUCUACAGGGAGUUGGUGCCAGACCAGUAUGGACAUCUGCACACUUUCAUUGUGAAAGCUUUGGGUGGAAGCUCUGCGGAGAAGGGCUGUGGGAUCAUUUACUGUCGCACCAGACACAGCUGUGAAGAGGUGGCUCACCAGCUGACGUUGCUUGGAGUCCUAGCCAAGCCUUACCAUGCAGGUCUGAAGGCAGCUGAUCGUACAGAUGCUCAGAAUGAUUGGAUGCAGGGGAAGGUGCCUGUUAUUGUGGCCACCAUCAGCUUUGGUAUGGGUGUGGACAAAGCCAAUGUCAGAUUUGUUGUGCACUGGAACUUGGCCAAAUCCCUGGCGAGUUACUACCAGGAGUCAGGCCGUGCUGGACGCGAUGGGCUCCCCUCCUUGUGCCGGGUUUACUAUUCUGUCCAAGAUCAGAACCAAAUCAGGUUCUUGAUCCAGAAGGAAGUGGCCCGUACUCAGGAGAAGCGUGGCUCAGAGAAGGAGCACGAUAAGGUUGCCAUGGUAGACUUUGAGGCUAUGGUGGCUUUCUGUGAACAGGAAGGAUGUCGACAUGCCACCAUUUCCAAGUACUUUGGGGACCAGAAGCCUAACUGUGCCGGCGCCUGCGAUUUCUGCCGCGAUCCAAAGGCAGUUCGGGCCCAGCUAGAAGCUGCAAAUCGCUUGAGCACUACAACAGGACCAGCACAGAGCAAGGAGCCCAGGGGCCCUUUUGGGUUUGACGCUGAGUUGUAUGCUGGGGGAAGGAAGGGCUAUGGCUUUGAGCGGUACGAUGAGGAAUGGGAGGGAAAAGUGGAGGACGACUCAGAAAAGCGGAAUAAGGAGUUUGGGGAGUUUUUCAAAAAGCAAAUGAACUUGCGCAAGGGUGCCAGCGCACCAAAAGAGAAGUUUGUUCUACCAGAUGCUGACUGUCCUAUCUUGGAGGCUAGAAGUCAGCGAAUCCCCAAGCUAACGGUCAAGGCUCGAGAGCACUGCUUUUCCCUCUUGGAAAGUGCCUUGAAAAGCCACCAGGGAGGUGCAGCAGAUACAGCCAGUUCUGAUGUGCAAUCGUUGGCUUUGGACAUUGAGCACGAGAUCUUCAGAGCCAGCAAGUCUGCAAACUUGUACAAGGCAGCUGUGCUGAAAAGGGUAUCAGAGAUGAAAAAGGCUGAGAUUGGGGAUGAGUCAAGCCCUGAAAAGGUGGUGAAGGGGGGCAACCUCAGUGACAGUGGAGGGGAGCUAUCCCAAUCUCAUGCCAGUGAUGACACAUCCUCUGUCCCAUCCUCCUCAGCUGACGAGCCUAUGGGUUUUACACUAGCCUCUCAGCUGUACUCGAUGAAGCGCAAACGAGUUGGGGUGGGUCUUCGUGGUUCCUCCAACCCCUUGCAGGUAGCUAUUAAACUUCUAGGAUCUGGCCAGGGUGAAUCUGCACCUGGGAGAAGUCAAAGAGCCAACGAAAAAGAAACUAAGGAGAGCUCCCAAGCCCUAGAAAUGGACUUCUCUUUUGGCUCUGAUGGAUCUGCAAGUGAGGGGGAGAAACAGACAAAGCUGGAAACGAGGCAGCCAAAGACAAACCCUGUAGCGAUGUCCUCCCCAACCAAGGCUGGGGCUUCUGCUUCUCUGAGCAGCCCCACCAAGAAAACUGGCAAAGCCCCAAGCAGAAAGCAAGUCAAGCUGGCUGAGGCAGCUCGCCACUCCCUCUCUAUCUCGCACUACUUUCAGAAGAAACCAGAAGGUAGGAAGGAGAACCAGGAAAUUGAGAAGGCUCCUAACAGACAGAUUGCAACCCCUUCACCAAAAUCUGUUGCUGUGGGUAGUGUCUCUACUACUGAGGAUGCUCUCGGCACAGAAGGGCCCCUGUCAGAGGCAGAAAAAACCACCAGGCAUCUAGGUGAAGAUGAGUCUGUAGGAGAAGCCUUGGAUAAGGAGUCAGUACAGAAGCCAUUUGAGGAUAAAUACUGCACAGAGGGUGAGCAUCCGCCAGAGGCCAAACGUUGCCGAAAGCAGCGGGACAGCAUGAAGCGAGUGACCUUUGACCCUGGGAUGCAGGAAAGCAGGCAAAGUAAAGUGAGCUCAGGGGUACUAAAAGCCCCCCAGAAUCCAGUGUCUCUGAAGGAGGUGGCUGACAUCGUGGUUCGCUGCCUGGAUCCACUGUAUGCUCAGGGCAAGUUUGCCAACAAGGACUUGUUCAAGUCAUUUGCCCGCUUCCUGUCUCACCUGCUGGCAAAAAGAAGGAAUUGUGGGAGGAGCCAAGUGAAAGCCGAAGCUGGACGCAUAAUCGAGAAGUUCUUCAGUAAAGUCCAACUCUGCAAGAGUGAGUCUGACUGGCUACCUCUGAGUAGGUCCACCUGCAUCAACAGUGAGAGCAGUUUGGAAACAGGACAGAACCAAAGUCACGGGCCACAUCCCUUCUAGCUCCUCUCAUCCAACAUCAAAUUCCUGAAUUUUCCCCAUAUUCCUGAAUCCAGAAUGCUGUUUCCUUGUCACAAGUUCUUGCUGCUCUGCCCCCUUCCUUUCUUACUCCUAAAACUGAAGGACAGCCCUUAUAUAGACUUUAGCAAACAAGAGGUAGUCAGAAGUGGGGCAGAUACAGCUUCUGGCACUGAUGCUAUGUCCACAGGAGUUCUAAUGCAAUGCGACAGUGUGCAUAAAUUUACAGAAGCAGGUUUCACUGCAUGGAGCUGCAAGUUCCUACAGAAGGGAAGUCGAUGUGCUCAGAUGGCCCCUUCUUUCUAGUUGCUAACAGCGGUGGGCUUUCUGUGCAUCUCAACUGGAUUCAAAUGCAAAUAGUAUACAUGAAAUGGGGUGUCAUUCAGCUAGCUGGGCAUGAAGAAUUUCUCUGACUUUGUUUUUUAUAUUUUAUUUUCUUUAGAUGAAUUAGUUUUUUUUCUUUUUCUCAGGGAAGUUACAUUUUUGUUACAACUACAGUAUAUGAAAAAUAUAGGCUCUUAAUUUUGUUUUAUUAGCUCACUUUUUGUGUUUAAAAGUAUAGUAACGUAGAUGCAUUGCCAUACUGCUGCAUUGGUAUUAUCAGGGAGAGCUGCUGUGUUUAUGUGAACAUUAAUGCUGCUGGAUGGCCUUUUCUCCAACCCAAAGAGUAUUAGGCUGUUGUAAUACAAUGGUUACAGGGAACAUUGAUUAAAAAGUGGUUUGAUAUACAUGCUGUUUCUUAAUUAUAAAAAAGUAAGAACCAGUUGUCUAAUAAAAAUGACACUUGAAUGCAUCCUCUGUUCUACA